AUGGAUUCUAGCGAGUGGGAAUUAAGUAAAGAGAAUGUACAACCGAUAAAACAAGGUCGAAAGAUUCCUAAUCUAACGGCAGCGUUGACGCCAUGUGGUGUAAAUACUGGAGAUGAUUCCUUGUACUGGAAGCUUCAGAAGGACAAACAGUAAGUGCUUUUCUCCAGGUUUGCUUUGCCGUACUUGUGUUGUUACAGAAUACUUAGAUUAAAAUUUAGUCCAACAUGCAAGUUAUCCAUUGAAACUGAACGGUCUCCAUGACGUGAAACGUUUAUAUUUCGAGCCUGCAUUGUUAUAAAUUGCAAUUGUAACCUAUACAGAAGACUCAAAAGUCUGCAACAACUAUUUUCAAGAAGGUAUGCUCUUGGGAGAUAGAUUUUUGUAAUAUCCAGUCUGGAUGCAAGUCCUUCACAGAAAUCACAGUUUGGUAUCCAAAACCAAAUUUUGGUAGUAUCCUUUGAUGGGCAAGACCUAUAGUCUCUUGUGUUGCUUUGUAUUUUUUGUAACCUUUGCACUUUUCUAGAAAUUUUGAAGCUGAAAUUAGAACAUACGAAGGUGAAGAUUUUCUCGAUAUCUGGUACAGGUUGGUGUACAGUAUUGUUGCUUUACUUUUUAAUAGGAACUGUUCAUUGAUCAUUGUGCAUAUUUUUGUGUAGUAUCUCCCCACCCCCCUCGGAAAUUAAAAAAAAAAAACUCAACGGGGGUGUGGAUAUUAAAUGGAAUGGCCCUCUCCCGUUGAUGAUCAGUAAUAUAUCAUCUGGCCUUUUAGUUUUACUCAUCAGUAUUUCUAAGUUUCAGAAUAAAUUUGGUUGUUUGAACGUUAUUUCAGGCCUUGCCUGAUAAACCCUUUGAAAUGCCAUUUCUCAAUUAUUAGAUACAUUCUGUGGACAGAAGAGAAUGUGCCUAAAGGAGGACGUGAAAUAGGUACCUUGUUAGAACGCUGUAUCAAAGAGUUUCAAGAUGUGACCAAAUAUGAAAAUGAUGAACGGCAUUUGAAUGUUUGGCUCAAAUAUGUAAGUGACUGAGCAAUAUAUUUGUAUCAGCAGUGAUAUGGACUUCAAUACCAACAGAAAUAAGGAAAUCAUACAAAUAAAGAAAUUGUAAUAGUAAUUUAUUAUGUCAAUUUUAUUGUAAAUAUUUAAAAUGCACAUGGUGCAAGCUUGAAAAUUCAUGCCUGACACUUUGUCACACACUAAAAUUGCAGUAUGAAUUAGCUACUUGUAGCUGUCGAAACUGUAGGCCUUACUUUCAAAUGCAAUUUUUGUCUUCUGGAUUGUCUAUGCUCGGAUGUACUGAAUUUCUGGCUGGUCUAAUUAUUCCGCUUAAAGCAAAGCCUAGUAAAGUGUACCCCUAUUUUCCCAUGCAGUAUAGCAUUGCUAAAAGCAUUACUAACUGUAAUCAGUAAUUAAAAACUCCUUCAUCUAAAAGAGCUUGCACUGCUCUAUUAAAGCAUGGCCUUAACUAUUAAGCCUUUUCAAAUGCCAGAACUCCUUUUACAAAUGCCAGAACUCCCUUUACAAAUGCCAGAACUCCCUUUUCAAAUGGCAGAACUUGCAUGGUUAUUAACUUGACAACUUUAUUUAAAAUGAAGAUUGUUUUGUUCUUUUACCGAAAGUGAGUGGUCAAAAUGACCGGCAAGGUAAGAAUUUGACCACACAACUCUGCAUUCUGACCGGACAUUGUUAUUUCGCGCUCUGCUAUAGGUGGAUGAUUUUUGUACUUGUAGACCGACUGCUGUGCGGAUCCUCUUGAAAUAUUCAACUAUUUGCACAUGAAGGGCACCUGUUCUGGUCUUGCUUUGCUCUACAUUGCAUGGGCGUCCGCUUGUGAAAAUGUUGGAAAUUUUCAAAAAGCCGAUCAAGUGUUGGUGUUAGGAAUUGAGAAAAAUGCUCAGCCUCUGGAAAUGCUGCAGAAACACCAUAUGUAAGUGUAUUGUUUUUGGACUUACAUUUAAUGAUAUAUCUAUUCAUGAGAUUGGCCUUGUAAGAACAAGAGUCACUGUAUGUGAGAAUACUUACAAUUUACAGAUAUGUUGAAUAAAUAUAAUUUAGUAAUUUUAUAAAAUAUAAAUCUUCAAUUCUGUAGAUAUACUGUGAUUGUAUAAGUCAAAAUGGAAAUUUUUUACAUUUGAUUUGGCUUUUGUAAUUUUUAUUUUCAUAUAUUCAAGAAUUUGCUUAAUUUAAUGAAAGUAACUAAAAAAUAAUUAAUAUUGGGCUUAGUGUGGUUUUGCCUUGAAUUCCAAAACUUAAGUUAGUCUUAUAAGUGUUAUAUUAUAAGAUUCUCUGCUUAAAGCGCAAAUGAUCAAAAUAUAUUCGCUUUCUAAUUCGACAUCAACCUGAGCAUUUACCUGUAGCUUACAGUAAAUUAUAUAAAACUGAAAGGUGAUUUUCUAGUUGACUCUAAACAUUUUCAUAUUUUAGAGGGUUUCAGCACAGAUUAACUGCGCACAUAGCUGCUUCAGAAGAAAUCCAAUCUGGGUGUGGACUGGGAAAUCAACGCAAAACAUUGGGGUCCCUCAUGGCAACUGGCAAUAAGGCGAUGGUCGGAGUACUGAGAACUACGUCCUUUCAGAAUCGUAAGAAUUUAUUAUAGAUUUGCUUUCAGGGAUAAUUACAAAUGUGUUCGAUACAAUUAAGUACAGAGCCUGAAGAAGCGAGACGCUACAGAUGCAUUCGAUUAAAAUUAAUUCAGUGUUUGGCCUGGAUCAAAAUUAAUUCUUUAAGUAGUGAUUUAUUUGUACGAGAUGUCAUUUCAAAUCCUCCAAUUUAGACUUGAAAUUCAGUCCAGUCCUCAGACAAUUGUGCGGACUUACAGUCGGAUUUGAAAUAUUACAAAUAUCCAGUCCUCAUAGUCGUAUUUGAAAUAUUUACUUAAAUGCUGUUAUUUAGCAGCACAGUCGAGGUUUGCUGUUGGAAACCCGGAGAAGAAAGGAUUAGGUUUCUCCAUACUUCACGAUUCGGAUGACAGCUGUGGAAAUAGAAUCUCACAGCUCCCUGAAGGUCGUGGCAACGAGUGGAAGGAGGCUCCGACAGAAAGCAUUACGAGCAAGGAAAAUAUAAACAUGCCUGGCAAGUGGACAAGAGAAAAAGUAAGAUGUAGGGCUUGUUUAUAUGAAGGCGAGUUACCCAGCUAGGCGAGUUCAUGCCCCGUAGAGACGAGCACGCUUUUCCUUGACACCCUGGGGCCGGUUGUAUAAAACUUUUAAUAAUUUUUUAAAUCACUAUUUUGUAGUUUUAAAUUAAGUUAACUCGUUGUAUAAAAAAAUAGUUAGCGUAUUAAAACUGUAGUUAAAACGUAGUUAAAGUUAACGAUGCUUUAGGGUAUCGUUAACUUCUCAAAACGUAGUUAAAAAUGGCGCUUGUAUAGGAGGGAACAACAUUUUUCAGUAAAACAACAAUGAAAAGCAACGCUUACCUGGGAUUUUCAAUCGCUAUCUUCCCUGUGAAUGUUUUCUGACAACAUAAACUCUUCAAACGCUACGCUUUGCCUUUGGUUUUUCGGCGAAAACAAUGAUAUAUUUUUGCACGGGAAGAUUUCUCGAAGACGACUUAGGACCCAUUACAGUGUUACACGAAGAAACAUGAUAUAUAAUUACCAAACAGUUGCACUUUGGUUUAACGUAGACAUCUCAAAUAAAAAUUGCCUUCUUCGUUCAUUUUGUCCAUGUUUUCUAGUUUAAAAAAAUAAAAUUCCCGCCAAUUUGCAAAAUGCGAGUCCACAAUCAUGUUAAAAAUGCUUGUCGGCGGUCGUUAAUCGCUGCUUACUUUAUGUAAUUUUAUGUUUAACACGCCCACGCACAGUUCCAGUCUUCCAGACAACCGGACUCGAUUCGAGAACGCGACGCGAUUUUUUAGUUUUUGAAAGUUAAUAAAACAGCCAAUGAGAGCAAAUUUUAAAAGAUAUGUAGACCAAAUAACUCAAAAUGUUAUACCGUUUCUAAAUAUUUGGAAAAUUUAAACUAGGAUCAAAGUUAUCGGUCAGUGAAAAUCGAAAAAUCACGUCGCGUUGUCGAAUCGCAUCCGGUGUGUCUGGACCUUUAAUCAUCCGACAAACUACGUUUUGUGCAACGCAAUUAAGUCGUGUAGUUAUCUAAUCAUAGUUAAGGAUUUAACUACAGUGAUUUUUGUAUUCGUAGUAGAUGUCUUUAAGGGACAUUGUGUGUUCGAUGUUUACAGGGCUCGACGGCUCGUGUUGCUCCUUGAACUCCUUGAAAAGCUCUACGAAAUCAAUUACAUGCAAGGGCACUUGAAAUUUGAAAAACUCUUGAAAAAAAAUGUCAAAACUACUUGAAAUUAAAGUGCUUUUGUCCGAAACUCAUUAAUAAUAUAGGCCUUUUGACGCUUUUUACAAAUUUUUAUUAGGCAAACGCCGAUAAUAAUUCAAACAUUGCUGAAAACUCGAUUUUUUUAAUAUAUAUUUAUUAAAGCUUUUUAGACAAAACAAGUACUUCUUGAUUUCACAUCUAUAAAUUCACCUUUUUUUUUGUUCGGUUGAAUUUCUUCAAAAAAAUAUUCUGUUCAUGUUUUCGCUCUUUCGUACUGAUUUAGAAAAAAAUAUUGGUUAACUAUUUCAAAUAUUAAAAAAUUAUUUGCUAACCUGUAAACAAUAGACAAUUCCCAGUAUAGACUAAUUUUAAAACUAAGCAAGGAGAUGUAAAUAAAUCACCACAGCUAGAAAGAACAUACUAAAUUGAGUAAAAUUGCAAAGUUUGGUUACGAAAUGUGGUAAAAUGCGGAAAAUAUAGCCUUGCAAAGUUUGCAAAUUUUUGCAUUGCGUGUGUACUACGAGAUUGAGAUGAUAUUUCCAGUGCUAUACUCUAUUGAGUGAUUUAGUUCAAGAAAUAUUCUCCUGUACGUUCUAGGCUCAUUCUGGCAGACCUAUAAGCAGUACCGUCUCGCUGGUUCGUCCAACGCCCAAACAAAGUUUUCACGUUCAUGUUGACGAGAACGCGGAACAGAUUGGUCAUGUUCAUCAGACUGUGGGCAGCCAAGUUUUAUCUGUGAAAAAAUCUGAUUUGGGGGAGUCCAGUAAUCCUCUGAAAGUCAUUGCCAAUGUAAGUACUGUAUAGCAGGAAUAUCUACAAAAAGUCUAUGUACUAUUAGUUCUAACAAAUCUCGAUAUUUGGUCAUUGUUUUCCUGUUUUUCUUUUUCUUACAGUCAGCCGAAAACACGGGUCCAUCCAAUGUGAAGAUUAUGUACGAUAAAUCGAAAGUUUAUACUGGUACAGAAGAAUUUCAGUUUGAAGAAAUCCGCGCUGCAAAAUAUAUGGCGAGGCUUAAACAGGGAUUACCACUGCGUAAAGAUGUGAACAGGUUGAAACGGGAACACAACCGAACUGCACAGCCAGAGAAGAAGGAACGCGUCAUGUAUCCGAAAAACAAAGUAUAUGCAUACGAAGGGGAGUUUCAACUUGAAGAAUUAAUGGCGAGACGUUAUUAUGAACGGGUAGGAGAUAAGAUUUCUGGUCUAGCAUGCACAAGUGUUCACGCAGAUACUCCCGUACUUGAAAAUGUUGGAAAUGUUCAUUCACUCCACGGUGAUGCAAGAAAUAUUACUGUGCGUAGUGCUAAAAAAUCUCUUCCACCUCGUAAUGCUGGAGAUUCCCGCGUUAAGAAUGAUGCCGAAAAUAUCCCUCCAUCUGCUCAAGACAUCUCCGUACCUAAGAACGUCAGAGGAUUCCCCGAACUUGCUAACGUUCAAAAUAUCUAUCUCCAAGACGACGCUGAAAUCAUUCCCCCGUCUCAUUCUAAUACCCAAGAAAUGGCCAUGCCUAAAUUUGACCGGGGAUUCCGCCAAUUUGGUAAUGUUCAAAAUAUACACCACGAUGCUGAGAAUAUCCCCCCACCUAACUGUAGUUCUCGAGGUAUGGUCAUACCUAAUAAUGCUGGAGGAAGUAUCCCACCACCGACCAAUGUUUCAAAUUUCCACAUUUCUCAUGAUGAUGAGAAUAUCCCCCCACCUAACUGUAGUUCUCGAGGUAUGGUCAUACCUAAUAAUGCUGGAGGAAGUAUCCCACCACCGACCAAUGUUUCAAAUUUCCACAUUUCUCAUGAUGAUGAGAAUAUCCCCCCACCUAACUGUAAUUCUCGAGGUAUGACCAUACCUAAUAAUGCUGGAGGUAGCCCACCACCGACCAAUGUUUCAAAUUUCCACAUUACCCAUGAUGAUGAGAAUAUCCCUCCACCUAACCGUAGUUCUCGAGGUAUGAUCAUACCUAAUAAUGCUGGAGGAAGUAUACCACCACCGACCAAUAUUCCAAAUUUCCAUAUUUCCCAUGAUGAUGAGAAUAUCUCCCCACCUAACCGUAGUUCUCGAGGUAUGACCAUACCUAAUAGGGCUGGAGGUAUCCCCCCACCGGGCAAUGCUUCAAAUUUCUACAUUUCCCAUGAUGAUGAGAAUAUCCCACCACCACAAUGUAAUACUCUAGGCGCCCGUAUACCAAAUCACGAAAGAGACAUUUCCCCACAUAGCGAGGUUCACAACAUUGAUGCUGAAAAUGUUCCCCCAUCUUUCUGUAAUACUCGAGGUGUAAAUAUACCUAAAAGUGCAGGAGGUAUCCCCACACUUGGUAAUCUUGAAAAUAUCCACCAUGAUGCUGAAAAUCUCCUUCCACCUCAAUUUAAUUCUCAAGGUACUGUACCUACUCAUGUUGUACCUACUCAUGUUAAACCGAGUGGGGCUCAAAUUGUCGAUGCUGAGAAUAUACCCCAAGCUAACAGUUACCCUCGAGGUAUGACUUUACCUAAUGAUGUUAAAGGCGUUUCUCAACCUGAUCAAGUUAGAAGUAUGGUGAAUUUCCACGAACCUGAUUUGAGAAAAAAUGUUUCCACUCCUGAUGCGGGACGACAAUUAAGGUAAGAUGAGGAUCACUUUAAAGCUUCAUUACAAAGCACGUGACGGUGAAUGAAAGACAAGAUUUAUGAAUAAACGUUGAUUGUUAUUCUAAUUAGUUUCCAAACCAUCUAGUCUAUUAACGAUUAGUCUAUUUAACAAAUAGAUAAGAUUUUGCCGCUGUCUGUUCAGUUAUAGAUACACAGUUCAUCCGCUUUAGUGGUUAAAAAGUAGUUAAGAUUUUAACAUAUAACUUAGUAAUUAGCUUAGUAAUUAGCUUUUUACAUAUAACUUAGUAAUUGCCUCAUUUUUAUGCUUCAUAGAAAAUCUUUUGUGAGUGAAAGAAGCAAUAAAUCAGAAAAGAAAAACAAUCUUGCCGCCGUGACUCCAAAGUUUGCUCGAUACAAGUCAGACCUCGCAGGUAAUUCUGAAAAUUCGGAGAAAAGUAUUUAUUCCGUAAAUCGUCUAUGUAACAUUGUUACAGGCUAGGCGUUUUUCCUGUGUAGCAUGACACAUGUACUGCAUGAGAUGUCCAUCUACUGCAUGAGAUGUGGCAUGUUUUAUUUUGUUCGCAAGCCGCGUCUAAAAUAAGGGUUGAAAGCUACGCCUAUAAAUUAUAAAAUAAGCCACGGCUUAUUGCAAAUUGACUGUUUCUUCGAGUCGUUUGCGACUUAUUUUAGUCGCGGUGUAUUCUCCUUUUAGGACCAUCACCUACAUUGACGACAAAGUUAGCUUAUGCUGACGUGAUGCCGUGGUUUAACACAACUGUGGGCCUGAGUACUAGUGAUGAUGAUGAUGAUGAACUCGAGAAGGAUUUGAAAAAUGAUGAUAACGAUUUUGAUGAGAUGGUAUGGUGUGGUGUUCGCUAUGGUAAGUGAUGUGUCAUACCCGACAGGCAGUUUAUUGCGUGAUAUAUAUCACCAUAUUAAAUUGUCGCCAUAUUAGCCCACACCAAUCACUUUUACAAAUGAUGAUAUUGUCCGAUGGUGAAUCCUAAGCUAGUACUUUAAAAUCACAAACUAAAUAUGAAACUAUCUACCUCACCAUAGGUGAAGGAUUUGAAGUAGACCCCCAAACGAAAGACGUUGACAGUUACUGCAAUGAAAACCAAGAGAAUUUGUAAGUAGACAAAGAUGAUUUUCCAAUGCAUCACUGCAAUUCUUCUAAUGUUUAAUAUGCAUGGAGUAAUCCGUAUUAGAGAGGUGCCUGUAUUAGAGAGGUGCCUGUAUUAGAGAGGUGCAUGACUUAGAGAAAUGUCCGUAUUAGAGAAGUGUCCUUAUUAGAGAAGUGUCCUUAUUAGAGAAGUGUCCUUAUUAGAGAAGAGUCCUUAUUAGAGAAGUGUCCGUAUUAGAGAGAUGUCCAUAUUAGAGAGAUGUCCUAUCAGAGAGUUAUUCGUAUUAGAGAGGUGCCUGUAUUAGAGAGGUGACUGUAUUAGAGAGGUGCAUGUAUUUAGAAAAAUGUCCAUAUUAGAGAUGUGUGUGUAUUAGAGAGGUGCCUGUAUUUAGAGAAAUGUCCGUAUUAGAGAGGUGUCCGUAUUAGAGAGAUGUCCUAUCAGAGAGUUAUUCGUAUUAGAGAGGUGCCUGUAUUAGAGAGGUGACUGUAUUAGAGAGGUGCAUGUAUUUAGAGAAAUGUCCAUAUUAGAGAUGUGUGUGUAUUAGAGAGGUGCCUGUAUUUAGAGAAAUGUCCGUAUUUGAGAGGUGUCCGUAUUAAGCCGGUUUUCCAUUAGGCGGAAUUUUGCGCGCGGAGCGGAAUUUUUCUUUGUCUUUUCUAAUUAGUUCCACCCGAGAAAUCACAAUACAAAGUAAAGGUCCGCUCCGCGCGCAAAAUACCGCCUAGUGGAAAAUCGGCUUUAAAGCCAGUUUUCCAUUAGGCGGAAUUUUGCGCACGGAGUGGAAUUUUUCUUUGUCUUGUGAUUUCUCGGGUGGAACUAAUUAGAAAAGACAAAGAAAAAUUACGCUCCGCGCACAAAAUUCCGCCUAGUGGAAAACCGGCUUUAGAGAGGUGUCCGUAUUUAGAGAGGUGUGUGUAUUGGCGAGAUGUCAAAACCAGUUGAAAUGCUUAGAACAUUUUUUUUUAUUUACCGAAUAAGUAUAACUCAUUUUAGAAAAAAAUUCUUUAUCCUAGGCCGCCAUUUGGAUACAAUCAAACAAAGGUUGACAGGCCUGUGCUCGGGAUAUUACAACCGUCAGUUGGAAUACCGUUUGAGCCCUUACAAGACUUUGAACACAACGACGAGGCAAUGGCUGAAGACAAAGAACAAUUAGAUGAAGUUUCCUCACAUCCAAAUACUGCACCACUUAUGAACCGAGAGGUGAAACUUGCGGAUGACGAAAUGACACAAAACAAUUGGUUAAAUCAUUCGCAGUUUACGGCUGCGGCUAGAUUAAUGUCGACACCAUUUGAAGAGAAUCUGAGUCCUCCAAAGUUGGAAAGCUUGCAUUGUAGUAGUAUCCAGCCACAUGACGAGAAACAAGACGUUCCCGAACACGCUUCGAAUGUCUCGACUUCGUCCUACAAUGCAAACAAUAGCAAAGGUUUGAGUCCAAUUCUGGAACGCAGCGAUGAAGAUGCUAAAAAUGGUUCAUCAAAAGGAUCGUCUCAUUUGUCUGGUCUCUCGGUUAAAUCUAACGUCUCGGUUAAAUCUAACGUCUCGGUUAAAUCUAACGUCUCGGUUAAAUCUAACGUCCAAACAACGCAGUCAAUGAUUACUAACCAAACUGAAGCUACGUUUGGACAUGAUAUGCCAUCCCAUACAUCUGAGGUACUGAAUUACGAAAUGUUAGAAGCUCUGAUCUCAAAACUAUAUUGGAUAGAUCUGGUAGGGGGGGGGGGUGCUCUGGUGCCGAGUUGUGUCGGUCAUGUAUGCGACCUCGCCCAUCAACUUGCUUGACUACUGCAAAGUCUUGCUUUGACUACUGUAUUUGAAUUGUAUUUGUUUUUGACAGUUCGCUUAUCAUCAUGUUAUUACUCAAAUUACUGUAUCUCAUUUUGUCUCUAAUAUUUUUUGCUUUAACAUGAAAAAUAGCACCCCCCCCCCCAUGCACCCCCUGUGGCCAAGACUAGGGGGUGCACCCCCACAGUAAAUCCAUCCCUGGAGAUAGUGAAAUCUGAACGUUUCUAUUAAUAUUAUUACAGCUUCAAAACAGGAGUAUGGAUAUAACUGUUCACGACAUGAAUGGAACUGUGCUGAAGAAAAUCAAUCCAUUUGACCCAGAGUUGUGUAACCAACUGCUAUCGCAGCUUCCUCUGCCUAUCACAUCUUUUCCUGGUUAUCACGACUUCAAGGAAGACGUCUUGCCAAAAUUUGCUUCCAAAAAAAUUGUUCUGUGUGGUAAGUUAACAUUUUUAUCCUAGGGUGGAAAACAACCGAUUACCAGCAGAUCACAAUAUUUAACCUGUUUAAAAAUAACCCGACUUGUAAUUUAUGUAGUAAUGGUAACGGGUUUUUGUUACAAAAACCGAGAACAAAUUUCAUGAAAAGUAGCAUUAGUCAAAUGGAACGAAUGCGUGGAAUACAUCACCUAAAUUAGCAUUUCUCACGGCCAAUUUUCCCGCCAUGUUUUGGGUACUGCCUCCCCCACGUUUGAGAGUCUCCACACCACGAAAUACAACUUCUUGUAGUUGUUUGUAUAAUGGUAAAUUUACAGUUACAACUUUCAAAAGUCGCUUUUCACGUUGUUUGAAUUGAAUUUUGACUACCUAAAGAUUUUAAUAUGCGUUUAAAAGUGUAUGUAUCGUCAGUGCUCUGUAGUGUGUAAAUUUUAUAGCCCAAAUAUGUAUUUGUCACUAGCCAUGCCAGUCAUUUGUCAAGUAAAGCGAUUUUCAUUGGCUGGCUGCCAAAUUAUAAUCACAAAUCGUUCGGUGGUAGGGAUGAAAAAUACAAGGAGACAUUCGACAUUUCGAUUCGAUAUUUUCACAUGUGAAAUCAUACACGAAAUUUUUGUAAGGGGAACAAGCAAAAUCCUAUCCUAUAGUCCUAAUUUACUAAUCAAGCUGUGAACCACAGCUACAUGUAUUAUGGUUUAAUUUCGGGACAUUUAUGGAAAAGUCAAUUGUUUAUUUUUUGUUAUUUUCAGGUGAUGAAGUUUUUCAAGUCAACGGCAUUGCGGGUUCUGGUGCAUAUGCGAAAGUUUUUUCAGCAAAUAAAGUUGAUUCAGUUGGAGCAAUCGCUCUGAAGGUAUGUUAUGAUUUGCUGGUUGUUGUUGCUGUCGUUGUUGUUGGAGCACUGUCUGUUGUUGAGGAAUAUGAAUGUGGGUGCAAUUUCGAAACGGUUGUGUUAAAAAUGAAUGUUUUACUACCAGGUGCAACGUCCAGCCAAUGACUGGGAGUUUUAUAUCUGUUCGGAGCUCUCCAAGAGAAUGAAGAAUCGUGGAAAAUCUAAAUCAGAGGUAAACCCAUCCCUUUGUGUAGGAAUCGAACCCUAUCGUUACUGAGUGAUGAAAACACCAACUACUCUGCCUCCACAAAUUCAUUCUAAUCCAGUAGCGGACUCUGAUCUAUUGUAGGUGUGUCCCCCCGCCCCCUCUGAGUGAGUCAUGCUCUGGAAAUGACAAUAAAUUUUUAUGACCCAACACUUGAGUUGAUUUGUUUUCAUUUACCCAAACUUUUACUCACUCAAAAUUCUGUUUAUCCAACCCUUUCCUCUUCGGGUCCACCCGAAGACCAGUCCCUAAACUUCUCUAUAUCAAGUCAUGUGAUAUGAUCUGCAACUGGACACUGGAGAUGCAACAUCAUCUUCCAUAAUACAUAACGUAUGAAAAAUUUAUCAUAUGAAUAAUUUGUCAUUCAGAUUUCUUCAAAGGUGAAUAUGACUGAUUACUACGCCUUUGCUGAUGGUAGCUGUAGCGUUACUGAAUAUCAUGAACGAGGCACAUUUCUGGUAAGAUGUCCACCAUUUUAAUACCCGAAAAAUAUAAGAAAGAGUUUGUCUGGAAGUUACACAAGUAAAAACGCACAAGUUGUCACAGGUCUGCAAACAAGUUGUUGCAAAUCUGUUCAAGUACUUUUAAUAGCUGACUGAAAUUUUGAAACAUUCAGAAUUCUUCUUGUGUAGGAUUUUGUCAACCGAUGUAAGAAGAAACCGAACAUAACAGAAAAGACUGCAUUCCAUUUCGCUUUGGAAAUGAUGAAAAUUCUUGAAUGUAUUCACGACUGUGGCAUUAUUCAUGGGGAUAUCAAGCCGGAUAAUUUUGUCCUGCUCGAGUAAGAAAAUUUCAAUUUCUUUGAAUAUGAAAAUUUUAGUGUCUUAUCAAAUAUAAAACGUUUUAAUCAUUCUUUGCUUUUGACGAAUGCUACUGCACUUAAUUCAACGAAACUUUCAAGUGACUCAGUUAAUAAUUUCUUUUAUAGUUUAAAAAUCUUGAUUGACAGUGAUGAGAACUUGUAUCGACUUGGACUAAUUGAUUUUGGAUGCGCCAUUGACGUGGAGCUUUUCCCACCUGGGACACGGUUCAGUGUCGACAAAAAUACUGAAUCAUUUGAAUGCAUUGAAAUGAAAAUGCAACGACCCUGGACAACUCAGGUACAUUUUUAUUUAGCCCCUGCCUCUUUUUACCCCCUUCCCCCUAUACAACGACCCUGGACAAUUCAGGUAGAACUUUAUUUAGCCCCUCCCUCUUUUUAGCCCCCCCCCCCCUAUACAACGACCCUGAACAACUCAGGUACAUCUUUAUUUAUGUUGUCUUAUGUUGUCUUUAUUUUUUGAGGUGGAUACUUAUGGUAUGUUGUGUAGUUUACACUGCCUGGUAUUUGGUGAAUACAUGAAAGUUUAUCAAGAAAAAACAACUGGUCGUUGGAGGCCUACAAAAUCUUUUCUCCGGUUAGUUUUUGAGAAAAAAAACUUUAGCUAAUUUCCACAUGUAACUACGAAUCAAUUGAAUACACAUAUUUCUUACCCUUAAACUAUCACAUAUCCUUAUAAUCUUAGCCCUAUUAAUCUUCAGGGUUGGCAAAAUAGUUUUUUAUAUAGAUACUGGCUCUACGAAUGGUAAAUGUACCUUUCUCUUUAUUCUAGAACUAAAACUAGUCCAAACAUUUGCCAUCGUAAAUUGUCAUUGAUAAGCCCAUUUUAGGGAAUGUCAAUUAAUAAAUUCAGUUCAAUACUAGCUUAUUAAUAGGUCAGUGGAUCGAAACCACUGAAAUUGGAACAUAACAUAGCUCCUGUUCUCUAUUUGCAGGACGUGGAACAGAACUUUAUGGAACAAGCUGUUCGAUAUGUUUUUAAAUAUCCCAAGUUGUGAUGUCUUGCCCUCGCUUUCUGCCAUUCGCCAGGAAUUUCAGAAAUAUGCUCAAGACGUUGAAGAUGACGAAGUCGAGGAAAACCCAACUUGCGAUUUAAGGAAAAUAUAUAUGAAUGCCAAUUGA